AUGAAGUUCGCCAAGGAGCUCGAACGAGAAGCUGUGCCUGAAUGGCGCAUCAAGUAUCUUAAUUACAAGGUCGGGAAGAAACACAUCAAAGCCGUUGGAAGAGCUCUGGCGCGCACUACUGGAACGCCCAGAGGUAUCAGACCGAUACGCACAAACACUUUCACAUCUCCUCAAACGCCGCGACAACCCUUUACUAGAGAAAACACUGCCCAAGGCUCAGCGACGAUCGCAUCUCCAUCAGCCGUUGCACCACCAAGAUCAAUUCCUACUCCCAAAACCCCAGGGCGCGAAAAUGAGUCACUCAAAGAAUCCAGCGAUAACCGCCAUUAUGGAAGCUUCGUUGAGACGCCCCCAGAGCCGUCGCCCAUGGACGACCAUGAGCCCAAACAUCGCGAUUUUCAACUACCUGCGCCCGCGCUGACAGUCCACGAACACGACGAUGUUCACGACAACGACCUUCCAGGAUCUCCUGCCACGACUGGGCCCUCAGAUCACAUGCAACGAAGCACACGGCGAAUGGAUCCUCGACGAACAUCAUCAGCCAGUGUUGUAACCAGAACACCCCAAAUCCCUGGAGAAAACGCCAAAGACUCACCUUCUCACCUGCGACGACUAUUCACCCACCAAUCGACCAAAAGUGGCGGAAGAGAUACCGACAUGCAGAAUUUCGACCUAGUUCGAGAGAGGGAGCGCGAAUUCCUUGACUUUCUCGACACAGAAUUGGAGAAGGUCGAGGGCUUCUACAAGAUGAAGGAAGAACAGGCUGGCCAAAGGCUCGACAUUCUGAGGAUACAGCUACACGAGAUGCGAAACCGACGAAUUCAGGAAAUGGCCGACGAACUUGUUCGCGAGGCGAAUCCUCCAAAGAAAGGAGCUCACGAGAAUGGCAACGGCAAGCUUAAUGGACUUAUGGACCCCAUCAAGGCCAAGAUCUUUCCUGUUGGGCCCAACUCCAAGGCUUUGCAAAAGAUGAGUCUCACCCCUAAUGUCAACGGUGCUCUGCAGGCCGAUGCGGAAAGAGACUACAUCCGUCGUCCGCAUCAGCACGAAGUCCCGUAUCGCACAGCAAAGCGAAAACUCAAGCUUGCCCUUCAAGAGUUUUACCGUGGGCUGGAGCUGCUCAAGUCAUACGCUUUACUCAACCGCACCGCCUUCCGCAAGCUUAACAAGAAAUACGACAAGGCUGUCAAUGCCAGGCCCGCUUACCGCUAUCUCAAUGAGAAGGUCAACCAAUCAUGGUUCGUCAACAGUGAUGUUCUCGAAGGACACAUCAGGACAGUGGAAGACCUCUAUGCCCGUUACUUUGAGCGAGGCAAUCACAAGUUGGCUGCUGGUAAGCUCCGCAGUUUGAACAAGAAGCCUGAAGACCAGUCCAUUGGCAUGUUCCAGAAUGGUCUGCUCAUCGGAACUGGCGCAGUGUUCGCCAUCCAAGGUCUCAUCUAUGGAGCACAGCUUCUAUAUGAUGAAGAUGACCAACUUCGCCUUCGGACAAGCUAUCUCAUGCAGAUUUACGGAGGCUAUUUCCUUAUGCUCUAUCUGUUCUCGCUCUUUUGCAUCGACUGCAUGCUUUGGAACCAGAACAAAGUCAACUACCCCUUUAUCUUUGAGUUUGACCAACGGCAUCAUCUGGACUGGAGAGAGCUGGCUCAGUUCCCCAGUUUCUUCUUCCUCGUGUUGGGUCUCUUCAUGUGGGUCAACUUUAGCAGAUACGGCGACCCUGAUAUGUAUAUUUAUUACCCGGUUAUUCUUAUCUUCUUCACUGUUGUUAUUCUAUUCUUUCCGGCACCCACGAUAUUGCAUAGAAGUCGGCGAUGGUUUGCCUAUUCUCAUUGGCGAUUGCUUUUGGCUGGACUCUACCCCGUUGAGUUCCGUGACUUCUUUCUUGGAGAUAUCUACUGCUCGCUUACAUAUGCUACUGCGAACAUUGAACUUUUCUUCUGUUUAUACGCACACUACUGGCAGAACCCCGUCCAGUGCAACUCCAGUCACUCUCGUGCUCUUGGGUUCUUGACAGCUCUUCCACCCAUCUGGCGAUUCUUGCAAUGCCUCCGUCGAUAUAAAGAUACACGCAAUGCCUUUCCACACUUGGUCAACGGUGGCAAGUAUACAGCGACCAUCAUAUCUGCCGUUAUGCUUUCCAUGUACCGCAUACACAACUCAACGACUCACCUGGCACUGUUUAUCACAUUUUCGACCAUCAACAGUGUUUACUGCUCUUUCUGGGAUCUGUUUAUGGAUUUCUCCCUUAUUCAACCCGGAUCGCGACAUUGGGGUCUUCGAGACAUUCUUGCCCUCAAACGUCGAUGGUGGUAUUAUUUCAUCAUGGUGGUCGAUCCUAUCCUGCGAUUUGCCUGGAUCUUCUAUGCCAUUUUCACCCACAACACUCAGCAUUCGACUAUCGUCUCUUUCAUGGUGGCCUUUAUGGAAGUCACCCGUCGUGGCAUGUGGACAUUAUUCCGCGUGGAGAACGAACACUGCAGUAAUGUAUCUCAGUAUAAGGCCUCCCGCGACGUGCCCCUACCUUACACCAUCGAGCCCCUCAUGGCUCGUGCCAGCACCGACGGUUCCGCCGCUGCUCAGGAAACCGAAGGCACUGCCGGCGUUGGUUCUUUCGAGGAGCCUUCUCGCCAAGGUACAGCCGAGUCGACUGGUGUGUCUCUUGGACAGGCAGAAGAAGGCGUUUCUCGACGCAGGGCAGGAACAGGGGCACCGCCGCCUCCAAGACGCACAUUCUCACGCAUGCUUGCCGAAGCGCAUAAGCAGGACUUUGAGAAGAAGCGCCGCCCGCUGGAGAAAACCCACGAAGACCCGACUGCCGAACUGGAGCAGUCUGACGACGAGGAUGACGCCGACGAGGCCGUUAGUCUCCUAGAGAUGUCCGAAGCUGAAGAUCUAGCAAGGGCGACGAGCUCUAGAUACCGUUGA